AUGGAUCCAGGACGAGCGGCCAUGAUCGCCGGCAUCAAGUCCCCAACCCGCGGGUCCUCGACUGGGCGGGAUAUCACCGCCCCGAGGCGUGACCCGGGCAAACGAAUCACAAAACCAUCCAAGCCGCCGCAACGAGCUCCGCCGAAGAGCAGCAACAGAGACCAGCAGUCGAAUCCGCGCAACUUCAAGACCCAGGACGAGCAGUCUGAAGAGUUCGUCGCCGGCGAAGACAAAUUUGUCCUGCGGCAGUCCAAGAAGAAGGCCGACAUCCGAGUCCGUGAACGCCGCGCCAAGCCGAUCGACUUUCUCGCCUUCAACCUCCGUUGGGUCGAUGAAGACCGCGAUACCCUUGACGACGACGAAAAAGAUGCUUUGAUUACUGUGCCGUCGCCCGCAAAGGUGAUCGAGGGGCUCAGCGAAGCUCAGUUGACCGAGCUGGAGCCAGAGGUCACAUCCUACCGAACCCUCGAGACCAGCGCCCGCAACCUCGAAUACUGGAACGCUAUCCUGGUGCUCUGCGACGACCGUCGCCACCAGCUGGCGCCCCAGGGCCCCGAGGGCCGCACUGUGGGUUCGGUGUCGGCUGACGUUGACAAGAUCCUCGCCCCCAAGACGUACGAACAGCUCGAGGCAUUAGAGAAGCAGAUCCGAGCGAAGCUUGAUUCCAACGACCCAUCUGUCGACACAGACUAUUGGGGUGGCCUGUUGAAGAGCUUGCUUGUGUACAAGGCGAAAGCUCAACUGAAGAAGGUCACAGAGUCCAUCCGCGAGGCCCGAGCUGAGAAGCUAAAGGCAAUGGACAUUGAGAAGCUGGUGGCGGCAGGGUCAAAAGCCCUGGUUACAGGUGGAAAGAGAACAUGGAGCUCUGCUGCCCAGGGCUCGAGUGCCAAUUUGGGCGCGUCCAAAGGUGCACCAGGUUCAAGCCGUGGCGCCCUCCCUCCCGGUACAGCUCGGUUUGCCCAAAGUACAAACGACGAAGACUUCUCCCAGGCGACCAGGGCUCUAUACGAGAGAGAACUUGCCCGCGGUGUAGGGGAGGACGAGGAGAUUCUGACGGCCGAGGAGGCGCCGGCGACAGGUCCCAGGCCGCCAUGGGCAGACCAGUAUCGUCCGCGGAAGCCCCGCUACUUCAACCGGGUGCAGAUGGGUUACGAGUGGAACAAGUACAACCAGACGCACUAUGACUACGACAACCCGCCGCCCAAGGUGGUGCACGGCUACCGUUUCAACAUCUUUUACCCGGAUCUCAUUGACAAGACCAAGGCCCCAACCUUCAAGAUCAUCCGGGAAGGCGGUCGGAGGCGAGGAGAGUCAUUUGCCCCGGCUGGCCAGGAGGAUACAUGUCUGAUCCGGUUCAUUGCGGGGCCUCCGUACGAGGAUAUUGCGUUUCGGAUCGUUGACAAGGAAUGGGAUUUCAGUGCCAAAAGGGAACGUGGCUACAAAAGUAGUUUUGACAAGGGUAUUUUGCAACUCCAUUUCAGGUUCAAAAAGAUCUACUAUAGGAAAUGA